AUGAAUAAGAAGGAAGCAUACACCGGUGAUGAUGAUGAUGACGACGGUAACGCGUGGUUUUAAUAGAUACAUAUAGAAAAAAAACGCUAUGCAAAUAUUAUAUUUAUUAUUUAGAUUGCGUUGAACGACUUGCUAUGUGCGGUUCGAUAUGUGUCAAUCCGAAAAAAUGUAUAAUACAUUUCAAACCAGGGCGUACGUAUAUUCGUAAAAUAAAAUUGUUAAACAUGACCGAUAGGCCACAAAUCGUUCAAAUACAACAGUCGGAGAAUAAAAUAUUCAAAUUUCCAGACCUAACUACCGUGAGUGGUACACAUUAUUGUUAAAACGAAUAUAUACCUAUAUAUUUAUUAUGUAUACGUGAAAAAUACAUUUUUUUUUUUAAAAGUUUGGUUUUUUCGUGAUCAACAUAAUAUUAUCUCACAGCUUUCACUCGAAUAAUAAUUUUUAAAAAAUACUAAAAACAACCACAAUAAUACUAAUUGAUAUACGUUCGUAAUCGUCAAAAUAUGAGUAGUUGUUUUUUUUUUCAAUUUAUAUGGUACCUAUAAUAGGUAUUCCAUCUAGUAAAAGUUUGACAGUUUAAAAUUUAGAUCAUUUAAGAUCUAUCAAUUAUCAUAAUAUAAGAAUGGAUAUAAAAUGUACCAAUUACAAAUUUACCCUCCCAUUGUACUUUGGUUCAAAUUGUGAACUGCCAUAACUCGUGAACGGUUAAUUCAAUAUUAGUGUUUUUUAUAUCGACAUUUUUUUAAAACAUUCUCUUUUCGAAUGUGGUAUGUAAUGGCAAAGGGGAGUAACUAUUUGAAAAUCGAUAAUUUAUACUAGAUUUAAGGAAUAGAGGUUGUUUGAAAAUUGUGCUAAAUAUUACUUAAAAAAAUGUACAUAAUGAUUUUAGAAAAAUAAAUCUUUUAAAAAGUUAAAAAAAACAGUGACUUUAAUUUAUCUGAGAAAUAAUCACAGUGUGUAUAUUCGAAUUACCUGUAAAUUAUAUACGUUCCGUUUUUAUAAACAGACACAUAAAUUAAAUUUCUUUAGUUUAACAAUUCUUUAUAUGUAAACUAGGAAAUAAAUAUAUAUAUAUUUUUUUUUUGAAUUUUAAAUCGUCUUUAUUAUAUAUGUCAAGUUGACUAUCCAACCGAAUAAUUCGUGGAAUUUAGAAUAUACAUUCUCGUCUUAUUCAAACCAGCAAUUCAAAGGAUAUUUAAAUUUGAAAAACACAACCGAUAGAGAUAACUUGGCCAUAGAAUUGUGGGCUAUACCGAAAACUUAUUCGAGUUUUCCUAGUAUCAUUAAUUUCGGAAAUGUAGAUAUUGAAACAAAGUUGGUACCUAUAGUUAUAAAUAUUAAAUUUCCUACAAAAUCGAUAUCUGACUAAAAAUAUAUUAUUUUCAGCGUUACGAGAAAAUUACACCUAGAACCAGAAUCGUACCCCUAUCCGUUCCGCAUAUUUAUCCCGUACGCUGUAAACGGAUUAAGUGUAAAUCCGCUUUGUGGUUCGUUUGUUUCGAUAAAUCCAAAAAGAGAUUGCAGUUUAAGAAAAAAGAAUAUAAUUUAUUUUUUCAUUAUUUUGUUUUGUUUUUAUUUGUUCUUCAGGUGAAGUACCCAGCGAUACCCCUACCGAAGUCACGAUCACUUACAAGCCCCGGUCGUACAUAACUUUGUCUGCCGUUUUGGUAUUAUACGUUCUAAAAGGCAAUCGAAAACCUCGAGUCGUCACAUUGACGGCGGUUACAAAACCCAAAAUAAAAAGAAGGUAUAAUAUAAAUUAUUUUUAUUUUUACUAUGAUUUUUUUUUUUGAAUGUUCAAUUUGAUUUAAACCAUCGUUCAUCAUCGUCUGUAUGAUAUUACAUAGAAUAUAUUUCUAAUAAACACUGUCGGUGAAAUGUAUAUACAAUGCGUAAGUAUUCAAGGCGUAUUAUCUAUACUGUGUAUAUUAGAAUAUUGUAAUAAUGUACUAUUACUAUUUGAGAAUAAUUCUUUCAGUACAUAGAAAAUUGAAUAUAAAUAAUAUUUUUUUUUUUUUUUCCAGAAAUUCUCUUUUAAACACGAAUAAAAUAAUGCCAAUCAAAAUGUAUAAAACUCCACUCCGUAAAUCUAUAAAACCAGCUGAUAAAAGAGAAAACGAUAUUGUCGUGUUUAAUCGACUUACUCUGAAUAAGAUUCUGAUGAACAAACGUAGUACAACACCAACCGAAUCACAUGCGUGGCUCAGUAAGAAAUAUAACGAAUAUCAACGAAUUUAAAAUGCGAUGAUGUUUGUAUUACACAGUUGCUAAAACUUCGUGACAAAAAAUCUGUUCUAGGAUAAUGGGAACGGGUGCAGCCAUUCUUAUAGGUAAUUUAAUUUAUACCUAUAAGUAAUGAUAAAUCAUAGCUUACGAAAAAGACGAUUCUAAGCAAAAUUCAGUUGAUAGUGAUGCUUUGUCAACGAUAUAUAUGUAGUUUUUUAGUAAAAUAAUUAAAUAGGCAAUAUGUAUUUUCUUCAAUAAUAUUUGUUUAAUUUAUCGAUUUUCUCAGUUUUUUCACGUUUUUCCCAUUUGUUGAGAAAAAUCAUGGGAAAAUUAAAAAAUGACUUCCUUAAAAAAACCUUUUCAGUCAGAUUUCCUUUCAGAAAAAGUACUAUCGUUUUAAGUCAGUGUAAAAUUGCUGGCAGAAAAUUUUUUCACAGGAAAAAAGAAGGCUAUAAUAUUUUUAACUAAUACCUACAUUUCUUAGGUGUUAUCUAAAUUUCGUUUUUCCAUCAUUUUUUUUUUUUUUGGUUUUCAUAUUGUUGAGAAAACUCCUGGGAAAAUUGAAACCUUAAACUUAAACACCUCAAAAUCAUAGCAAGAUUUGCAAGAAAAGUUAGGCACAGAUAGAAAAAUGAAUAAACAUCUUUGUAAUACAAGCUUCUUCGCGUUAUUCAUAAUCUAAGAUGUUUUAUAAAAAAAUCAAUUUUAUUAAAAUGUUUCAAACAAAUGAUAUUAGAGUCCUAUUUAUAGGAAGAAAAUUGAUGUGAAUUAUUGUCCUAUUCACCAAAUUCCUUUAAUAUACACCCCCACCCUCUCAUUAUAACUUUGUCACAUUUUAUAUUUCAUAUAUAAAAUCGUGUUCUUUUUAAGUAUUGCAAACGUAUUUUCAGUUAAGUAUAAUAUAUCGUAGUAUUGAAUUUAAGAACGAAAAAAAUAAAAAAAUCUAGCUCAUAUUAUAGAUAACCAACGUAAAUAAUUCCAGAUCCUUUGGGCGAGGCGGACGAAGUGUACAGAAAUUCUUACGCGAAGAAUAGUAAGAAAUUUAUGGAAAACGUAAAAAUAUUCGGUGACGCGCACAAAGUAGCCGUAAAAUCGAAAAUUGCUAGACAUGAACCGGUCACUACUGACGAAGAAAUUCAAUAUGUUAUCGACAAGCGCGAUGGGGAAUGGAAUGAUUACAAGGUUAAAUAACUAGGACUCCUAGGACUAAUCAAAAGUUAAUGAAAGCUUUUCUAGCUUCCUAGCAGUUUUCGAACCCUUCGUUGGAAUUUCUUGUUCGUCGCAACUCAUUAUCCCGUAUAUUUAGUAUACUAUAUAUACUAUUUAUAUAUACUUAUUUAGUGCAUACAUGGACAGUGUCAUUUAAUAUUGGCUUUCAGUGUAAAAUAUUGACCGUUCUAUAAAUCUGUAUGCACCAACGAUGAAUCACACUAUUGAAUGCCACUACAUGCUCAUGUUUAAUUAUACUAUUAAAUGCUCGUGUUAAAUAAUUAUUAUUCUAAUUUUUGAAUAUAUACAAUACAGGAAAAACUGUAUUCCUAUCAAACAAUAUCACCUGACGAUCAGUCGGGGCCUUUUGGACUUCGCGAGAGAAGCAUUCGGAUAAACCACAUCGUAAUAUUAAUAAUUUUUUGUUAAUAAUUUACUCGAUUUAAAAUUAGUAAUGUUGUAGCUAUGCUUUGCGAAAGUUAAAAUGAGGCUCAGAAAAAUAAUAAUAUUCCCCUGGCAAAGUUACAAUAUUUUUUUUUUUUAAUAUAGCGUUAUUAUAUUAUAAUAUACAGGUUUUUUUUUUUUUUUAGGAUGAAAGUAAAUUCAUAUUUGACGAUACUCUCGACAGAAAUUUUUGGAAACGAUGUCAAAUGUACAACAAAUUUGUGAACGCGGUAAAGAUGAUUAUUAUUAAAAAUCGUUUGCUUACGAGACUGAACCUUUUCAACGCUAUGCGAAUUAAUGAUAUAACAAAUACGACAUAA